AUUUUUUCACCAGUUAAAACUUGCAUCAAUUAACUCCAAUAUGGAUAAGGAAAUACCUUUCGAGGAUCUUGUUGACCGUGCCAACGAGAAAAUAGAGCUUGGUUAUGAGUUGAUCUCACAAUUAGAGGAAUACAGACAAAUAAAUGGUGUUGAUAAAAUUCAACGAAAAAUCAGUCAAGAAGUGAAGUUUCUGCAGAAGGUUAUUAAAAACGAAAAGCUAAAGAUAAAUCAUGUUCAGUGUAGCAACCUUACACACUACGACUUCCUUGUGCAAAUAUUGAAGUUACAGCAGGAUGUAGUACAUCUCGAUUGUGGAUUUCCAGUGGAAGCGCGCAGUAAUCCACUACGUGUAGAUAUUGUUUGUGAGAAUGGUUUGAAGUGGAUUAAAGCUAUUGCACGUAAUUCCAAAUCUUUGGCUGAUGCAGCAAAAGGUGAGGCCAGUUAUGGAGCGCGUAGCAUACUGGACCAAGCAGAGGAAUUUGUAGAUGCCAGCGCCCAACACUUAUGCAUGUUCAAGCCACCAAAAGUGGUUUUCUAUUUCAGCCAAACCAUUGAUAACACGCUACUUGUAGAACUGCAAGAAAUCGGCGUUGAAAUUGCAUCAAUUGCGGAACCCUCGGAAAUAAAUGAGAGUGCGGAUAUUUCUAGUGUGAGCACAUUAAAUAUAGAUAUAACUACAUUAUUGGCGUAUAUAAGCAACGUGUGCAAUGGCAGCUGUAAUUGGCAAUUCCGUGAGGGCAUACUUACCGAGCAGGCAGAAAAGGAGCGGCAGACACCAUUAAAACCUGUCUUGGAUAAUCUAUUUAAAGGUAAGCGUCUCAUAUGUUGUGAAACAGCGUACAAAUCAUUCGAAGAGAUUAUCUCUUUGUUGGCGGGUCCGCAAGAGCACAAGCGUGCGGCGGAGUUAAUGCAAAUUGUGGAAAUUUUGCCCGAUGUGACUGCGGUGCCUGAUGAAUUAGCUGUGAUUAAAUUUAGCGGCAAAAUAAAUCAGAGGAGCUUGAAGAUUUUCGCCUUCGGCAUGCAAAUGAAAGCGGUGACUGUGACCUCAAAUAAAGCAUUCGUACGCUCAGCGAAAAUGCAGGGCAUCAAUGUGCCAGUAUUUACACACCAAGCUAGAGCUUUAACAGAAGCUAAGGAGUCAUCUGCCACACCCAUACAAUGAUUCCCUAUUUCGGCAAUAUAACUUGGUUGUUGAUUAAUGCUCGGAUAUAGUUAACGAAAACACGAAAAAAUAUUUCAUUGCAUAUUUCUAAAC